AUGACCCAGAGGGACUGGGCCGUGUGGCUGCAUCCAGCUCUGCUGCUUCUCUGGCUGCCAGGCUGUGUGACACUGAGUGGCCCCAGGAUUGUGACAGGCUCUGAGGGGGGAUCUUUGAGCGUGCAGUGUCAGUAUGAGGAGAAAUUAAAGAAGAACAGCAAAUACUGGUGCAGAGAACCACAAAUUAGACACUGUGACAAGAUUGUGGAGACCAGAGGGUCAGACAGAGAGAAGAGGAGCGGACGAGUGUCCAUCAAGGACCAUCACGCCCAGCUCACCUUCACGGUGAUGAUGUGGAACCUUACAGUGGAGGACGAAGGUGCAUACUGGUGUGGGAUCGAUACAAACUUGUUUGAAGAUGAUCUUAUGUGGGAUCCUGUCUUCCAGGUGAUGGUGUCUGUGUUCCCAGCUCCACCCAUGUUGUCCACUGCACUGGUCACAGAGAGUGUCACCCACAGCAUGAGCAGCCAGGAGAACUCCAACCAGAGCCAGGGCCCAGGGUCCCUGCUCAGCAGUGUCCACUUCCUGCUCCUGGUCUUCCUGAAGGUGCCCGUGUUCUUGAGCAUGCUCGGGGCUGUCCUCUGGGUGAACAGGCCUCAGAGGUCCCUGGCGGGCCGGGGAGUCCAGCUGUGA